AUGGCGGAGAAGCUAAGAGACUUGAGCCAGCCGAUUGACGUCAGUGUGCUCGAUGCCAUCGUUGCAGACUUCUUCGUUACCGAAUCCAAGGAAGAGGUUCUGAUUACUGAAUCUCAUAGCUCAGCUUCAGUGUUAACAUUCACCUCAUUUCCAUCUGAGUUUUCGCCUUUAAUUAACCUACAUUGCUCCCAGAAACAUGUUCAGAGUGCUGCUGCGGACCAUAUUUUGCGGGAUUUGCAAGCUAAUCCAGAUAUGUGGCUCCAAGUUGUUCACAUUCUACAAAACACAAAGAGCAUAGAUACCAAGUUAUUUGCCCUUCAGGUUCUAGAAGGUGUUAUAAAGAACACAUGGAAUGCACUGCCUGUUGAACAACGAGAUGGAAUGAAAAGUUACAUCCUGGAGGUCAUUGUACAGCUCUCCAGCAAUGAAGCGUCUUUCAUAUUAGAAAGGCUCUAUGUCAACAAGUUAAAUGUUAUCUUGGUUCAGAUGGCGAAACAUGAUUGGCCGGAAAAGUGGACAAGCUUCUUUCCUGAUCUGGUUUCGGCUGCUAAGACUAGCGAAACUAGUUGCGAAAAUUUCAUGGCCAUUUUGAGACUCCUAAGCGAAGAGGUUUUUGAUUUCUCAAGAGGAGAGAUGACUCCGCAGAAGAUUGAAGAGCUGAAACAAUCUCUAAGCAGGCAUGUUGAGUACCUCCUUAAAUAUUUUGGGGUGCCAGCAUCUAGGAACAUCGCUCUUCAAUGUCUGACCAAGGUUUUUGCUCUUGAUAUCGGGGACGUGUACAAUGCCCAGUAUUACAACAUGUACGCCAUGUUUACAGGGCUGUUGAAGUUCAAUGUCCCACAGAGCAUAGAGCUCGCUGAAACAUAUUCAAGCAUAAGUGGUGAAGACCAAGCAUUUAUCAAGAAUUUGGCACUGUUUUUCACUUCGUUUUUCAAGUUUCAUAUGCUAAUCUUAAAAUCAGCUCCAAAAUUGGUACUUAUCGGUCUACAACAUCUCAUGUGCAUAUCAUAUGUUGAUGACUCUGAAGUCUUCAAGUUGAUUGAAAGUAAUGAUAAUUGGCGUAUCAUCUACUCUAUAUUUAUGUCAGAGUUAAGAGGGUUAAUGAUUAACCGCAUGGCGAAGCCUGAAGAAGUGCUUAUUGUUGAAGAUGAGAAUGGGGACCUAGUCCGUGAAACUAAGAAGGACAUUGAUGUUAUUGUCCAGUAUAAUAUAAUGAAGGUGACGUUAAUCGACCUCUUAAACCUUGAUUGUGCUGACACCGUAGAACAGGUACAGUGUGACCGUGAUGAUACAUCAAGGAUUAACAAUGUUAAGGAAGCUAAACCAGCAUUUAACUGGGGAGCGAUGAGUAUUGAGCGUUUUGAAUUCUUUGUGCUGGGCUAUUGGGUGUAUGUCGUUGGCCAGUACCCAAGGUUCUUAAGUGCUCACUGGAAGAUUUUGAAAACAGUUGUGGAGAAGCUGUUCGAAUUUAUGCAUGAUACACAUCCUGUUGUUCAGGACAUGGCCUGUGACACAUUUUUGCGUGAAUUUGUUCUUGUUCAGUUUCAGGAUGGGGAGAAUGAGCCAUUUGUAUCUGAACUUCUGUCAGGCCGUCUAACAACUGUUCGAGAUCUUGAGCCUCAUCAAAUCCGCUCAUUUUUUGAAUCUGUUGGUAAUAUGAUCCAAGCAGAAUCAGAUCCUCAGAAGAGAGAUGAAUAUCUACAGAGGUUGAUGGCACUUUCUAACCACCUAUGUUAA